UCUCGUCAAGUCGUUAAGUUCCCAGACUGAACUGGAAUUUGCCUUUCUCCUGCCUCAGCCUCCCAGAGUGCUAGGAUGACAGCCGCACACCACCAUACCAGGCUGGAACCUCAGUUUAUUUAUGAAAGGGUUAGCGCAGCCUGCCUGCCUCAGCCAGCAGGGCCUGGAAGUGUGGAGUGGUGAAGAUGCCUCAGAAACAGAGGUACCCAGCCAUUGUGGGGCCGGGAGGAGCGGCCUGGGCAAAGGCCUGGAGCCUCGGGCAAGCUCUGGCGAGGCCGUGGCUGGCUACCAGGGUCACGUGUGGCCAGGCUCCUCGCCCAGAGAACUGUGGCUUCUGUCCCCACCACCUGGGCUUUUCCUCCCUGGGGGACACAGGGGCAGGAAGGCUCAGGCUCCAGGCUCUGCACCGUUUAAGCCACGUGCAGGACAGGAAGUGCAUUCCAGGCCAGGUCGAAGCCUGGGAGUGAGGCGGCCAAGAGAACCUUCUGUCCUCUGGAGGGGAUCCCUGUGGCAUGACGCAGGCAACAGAGCCUUGAACGCCAGGCUGAGCCGAGGGGGCGCUCAGAGGGCGCGGGGAGCGGGCAGGGCAGUGGGGAGAUCGCUGCACACACAAGAGCAGAUCCUCCCGGGACCUGGGGGGAAAUGCUCGCUCACCCCCACGUCACAGCUAAGGAAAUGGAGGCUCAGAAGUGGCUGUGGCUGGAUCAAGGGUACAGCACCCCGCCCUGUCCAUGACCAAAGUGGAGAGUGGUGACCCACACCGAAGCCACGGGGGUCCCACGAUCAGCGCCACUGGGGACGGGCACACCAGGGAGAUCCCGGGGCUGGAGGCACAGGAGCAGCAGUCGGGGAGGAAGCGCCGUCCGGGAGGAGGAAGCCGCACAAUAAGCAGUCACGUGGCAGGGCAGGGGGCUUCCUGUUUCCCGGCCGCUCCCGGCCAGCCCUGGCAGCCCCGGCCCAAACGGGCAGCGGACAGUGACCUGGAAGCCCAGGCUGUGACCAAGGUGCCCCAAGGAGCAGAGAGGACAACAAAACCGAGAGCUGACGGCAGGCCGCACCUUUGAGGCCGGAAGCCAGAAGGAGUCGGGGCGCAGAUUUCCACAGCAAUGAGCGCGAGGGCCACUCGGCCCCGGAGCCGGCGUGGGAGGCACGCUCCGCCCGGCGAACUGGACCCAGUGGCCGAGAGUUCCGAGGAGGGUGAGGUGGCUGGCGGGAGCUCCGGGCCCAGCCCUGCACCAGCGCCAGGGAGCUCAGGACCACAGCAGCUGGGGCCAGCGGUGGAGGUGGGCGGCCGGGGUCCAGGGAACAGGGCCAGCAGAGAGGCUGAGGAGAACGGGGAUGGGUCUCCGGCCCCCGCCCCGGAGGGCCCCCAGCUGCUCAGAGGGGACGCCCGCCAGGACCCGGAGGGGGCAGCCCCACAGGACAGGAGCGCUGUUCAUCCUGGGUGCGGGGACCCUGACGUGUUCCAGACCCUUCAGCGCGCCCUGGCCUCCCUGGAAGCCGCAGCCGCUGCCUGGCGCCUGGAGCCGCUGAGCAGCCCUGGGCCUGGGGAGGCGGCGGGUGGGGUUGAGGGGACACCGGGGCCCAGGCAGGAGGUGGCCCGCCUGGCUGAGAAGAACGCCUGGCUGCGGCUGGCGCUGGACACGCGGGAGGACGAGCUCGCACACACGCGGGCCGAGAGCGACACACUGAGACUUGAGGUCCGGGAGCUGCAGGAUUCCCUGCAGAGGCUGCAGUCGGCCCUGCCUCCCUCCCACAGCCGCUCGGAUGCAGGCAGCGGCUUGGACGGGGAGGCUGACGGGGAGCCCUGGGCGACACAGCACCCGGCGCACCCCCUGCUCCGGCGCCUGCACAGCGACCCCAGUGCCCACACCCUCGGCCCUUGCCAGCAGCCGCCAGGGCCCGACACACACGUCCUGGAGGGGCAGGAGGAGCAGCUCCGGGGGAGUGUGGAGAAGCUUAAGGGCUUCAACCGCUUGCUGCUGGCCGCGCUGCAGGGCUCCAAGGGCCGCUGCGAGGGGCUGAGUAUGCAGCUGGGCCGGCUGGAGGCGGAGGCCACCGCGCUGCGCCUGGCGCUGCAGUUCAGCGAGGACUGCGAGGAGGCCUACGGCGCACUGCUCGCCCUGCGGGAGGCCAGCGCCACCGCCCGCGGGGGUGACCUGCAGGUGGCCCAGGAGGAGGCGCGCAGGCUGCUGGCACGAGAGGAGGCUGCUGUGGACGGAGGGGCCCCGCAGCCCAGCCCUGAGGACAGCAGCGAGGCCGCAGUCACUGCGCAGGAAGUGGCCGCCCGGCUCCACGCUUACCUGCGGCGUCUCCAGGAGCACCGCGCCCUGGUGAAGCUUCCCCCAGAGCCGGACUCCACCUUGGCACCCAGGCCCACCACAGCCCAUGCGGAAGCCAUGGUACAGGCCAUUCUGGAGGUGCAGCCCGGCCCGGCCCGGCCCCGGCUGGGGAAGACACAGAUCCAGCAGGACCUGGUGGCCACACGGGAGACGCUUGCGGACCUGGCGCUGCAGCUGCAGCUGGCACGGCGCGAAAAGCGGGGCCUGGAGCUGCGGGAGGCGGCCCUGCGUGCCCAGGCGCCCGCGCUGCUACUGCUGCUGGACCAGCUGCGCUGGGAGCAGGCGCAGCUCCGGGCCGGGCCCGGGGCCAGCAGCAGCGGUGGGGACAGCAGCGCGGGAGACAGCAGUGACGAGGAAGAGACGUGGCCCCAGGUCUUCCCGGCUGUUGGGGAGCUGAAUGGAGGGCCUCCUGUGUGCAAGGGCCUGGCCAGCGGCGCAGACGGAGGCCCAGAGUGCAGAAGGUGGGACCAGGAGCAGCUGGCCCAAGACCUGGCAGCGUCCCUGAGCCGCGCCCAGGGCCUUCGGGAGCAGCUGCGGUCCCUCCGGGCACAGCUGGAGCAGGUGGCCCAGCGAGGCCGCGCAGGCCGGGCCCAGAGUGCCGAGCUGAGCUGCGAGCUCUGCAGAGCUCACAGUGCCCUGGUGCUGGGCUUCCGGGGAGCCCACCGGAAGCAGGAAGAGCAGCGCCGGAAGCUGGAGAAGCAGAUGGCACAGAUGGAAGCCCAGCAGGCUGAGGAGCUGGCCAGGCUGGAGGCCACAGCCCGAGCCCCGGGGAGGCCGCGGCCGCGCCCUGCGCCACCCCUCCUGGGGGAGACCCUUCUGUAGCCAGUGUCAUAAAUGUCCUUUGGUGACACUGUCGCCGAGGAGCGAC